AUGACCCCAGUGAAGAUGCUGCUCCUGGUCACCCUCCUUCUGGGGGCUUCUCUGCAGGCCACCCACGCAGCUCGGGGCACCAACGUGGGCCGGGAGUGCUGCCUGGAGUACUUCCAAGGGGCCAUCCCUACCCGAAGGCUGGUGGCCUGGUACAGGACCUCGGAGGACUGCUCCAAGAGGGCCAUUGUGUUUGUAACUGUCCAGGGCAAGUUCAUCUGUAUGAACCCCGACGAAACCAAGGUGAAGGCGGCAAUCAAAUACUUGAAAAAUGUCAUGAAGUCACGUGGCCCCCGCAGCCAGUAG